UUCUUCUUCUUCUUCUUGCUGCUGCUGCUGCUGCUGCUGCUGCUGUCUGUUUUGCCUUCACCCGCAUCGAAAAUCCCACAGGGGUAGGGAGAGGGAGAGAUGGCCGCAGAGGUUGUAGGGAACAAGAAGGCAUGUGUUGUUGGAGGGACUGGUUUCAUGGCUUCUUUGCUGGUCAAGCUCUUGCUGGAGAAGGGCUAUGCUGUGAAUACCACCGUCAGGGACCCUGCUAAUCAAAAGAAGGUGUCCCAUCUCAAUGAGCUCCAGAAGUUGGGCGACCUCAAGAUUUUCAGGGCUGAUCUCACAGACGAAUCGAGCUUCGAUGCUCCUGUAGCCGGCUGCGACUACGUUUUCCAUGUCGCGACCCCGGUCAACUUUGCUUCUGAAGACCCCGAGAAUGACAUGAUCAAGCCGGCAAUCCAGGGUGCCCUGAAUGUUCUCAAAGCCUGUGCCAAAGCGAAGAUGGUGAAACGCGUCGUGUUGACUUCAUCAGCAGCCUCAGUUACAAUCAACAAUCUUCAGGAAACGGGUCUGGUCAUGGACGAGAAAAACUGGACGGACCUUGAUUUCUUGACCUCUGCGAAGCCGCCUACCUGGGGGUACCCUGCUUCCAAGACGCUGGCAGAAAAGGCAGCGUGGAAAUUCGCGGAGGAAAAUGAUAUCGAACUUAUAACUGUCAUCCCGACCCUCAUGGCUGGCCGUUCUCUCACUCUGGAUGUCCCUAGCAGCGCCUGUCUCGGAAUGUCUAUGCUAACAGGAAACGAGUUCUUGAUGAACGCCCUGAAAGGCAUGCAAAUGCUGUCGGGUUCUAUUUCCAUCGUGCAUGUUGAGGACGUCUGCCGCGCCCACAUUUUCGUGGCUGAGAAGGAAUCUGCUUCUGGACGAUACAUCUGCUGCGCUGCUAACACCAGUGUUCCCGAACUCGCAAAGUUCCUGAACAAAAGAUACCCGCAAUACAAAGCCCCCACAGAAUUCGGGGAUUUCCCAUCCAAGGCCAAGUUGAUAAUCUCUUCGGAGAAGCUAAUCAAGGAGGGCUUCAACUACAAGUACAGCAUUGAGGAUAUCUAUGACCAAUGCGUCGAAUACUUCGAGGAGAAGGGGCUAUUGCAUGUGUAGUAAUUGCUGCCGGCGUCACGGUUCUGCGGGAACCGGGGCAAUGCUUGACCAGGAAGAGGGUGAAAGAAUAACAGGUCAUGGAGAUCCAUCGAUCAGCUUGUUCCAGUCGAAUGAUUCAUGGAUGUGAAUUGGAAAAUGUAGCUCUUACAUCUUGUCUGAA